CAGAGGGCUACGAUCACUGUGCAGCGACACCGUUUCUGUACAUGCUCACGUCUUCCUGUUGGUCCUUUGGAGAACGGUACAAUUCCACACACACAAACUCGUGGCUACCAACUCCAUUCCAAAGGAACAUUUCAGACCGACACGACAAUGGGGAAGAAGAGAACCAAGGCUCAGAACGGGGCGAAGCCUGCGUUUGACGAAGCGGCCCUGUCCAAGUUGACAGCCAAGAUCGAAACAGACCUGGCCAACCCCAAGCCCAAACCGAAGCCCAAGGAUCAGCAGAAGGACGAGCGCCCUACAAAGAGAAAGCGCAACGAGAACGACGCCAAAGAUGCGACCCCAAACAAGAGGCAAGCCCAAGAAUCCAAGAGCAGGCCUGCCAAGCCAUCAAAGAAGAGCGCAAAGGAGGGGAAGACACCCAAAGACAAGAAGGCCGAGCUACUAGAGGAGAUUUUGGCUCUUGGUGGGGACGAGGAUGAUUUGGACAUUAUUGCUGGCGUCGAUUCCGAUGUCGAGGAAGGCCAGCAGUCAAAGCCAAAGGAGGCUCCCGCAGAGAUGGACAAGGCGCUGAAGAAGGAACUGGCGAAAUUCGCCGCCGGUCUUGGCUUCGAGAAGGUCCGGGACGAAGACGCCGCCACCGACGACGAGGAAGAACAAGUCGAAAAGGAGUCAGAAGUAGACGAGGAGGAGGAAGGAGAUGCGGAAGGAGAUGACUGGGAAGACGAAGAUGAGCCAGAACAACAAGAAGAAGAAGAAGAAGAAGAAGAAGAAGAGACAAAAGCACCGGCUGUUGAGAAGCAAAGUCGCUCCGCAGCUGGUAAGUUGAUAUUCGAGCCAAGGCCUGAUUGGCACGCUAUCGGCCAGGACAAACUUCCAGCUCCUUCAGAAGAUGAUAUCCGGAAUUUCUCGUCAACGAUCAACAGCCUGCACGAAUACGCCAAGACCCUGAUGGAGACUGAUGCGGCUGCGUACAACACUUCCGUGGCGGCAUCGUCAACUCGGAAGUUCAUGCACACCAUCAUGACUUCGGGUACCAUGUCGGAUAAGGUGUCUGCCCUGACUCUGGCAGUUCAGGAGUCCCCAGUACAUAACAUCAAGGCGUUGGAGAACUUGAUGAAUCUAGCAGGGAAGAAGAGCCGUGAUCAGGCCAUCGCCGCCCUCGGCGCUUUGGUCGAUCUCCUCGGAAACGGUGUGGUCUUGCCCAACGACCGGCGCCUGCGCCUAUUCCGUUUGCAGCCAGGACUCCUUGGAACUUUGCAGAAACACUCUGUUACGGCUUGGAAACCCGAGAAGCCGCUGCCUGGGAAGAUCACCAAGGAGCAUCUGAUCAUGUGGGCAUACGAAGACUGGUUGAAAGACACCUAUUUCAAAAUCAUCCAGCUUCUGGAACUCUGGUCUGCGGACGAGAUUGAGUACACCAGGCAAAGGUCGCUUGACUACAUAUACGGGCUUUUGAAAGAGAAGCCCGAGCAAGAGGCCAAUCUGAUGCGCUUGCUGGUAAAUAAGCUUGGAGAUCGGGAGCGCAAGAUCGCUUCCAGGGCAUCAUAUCUCCUAUUACAACUCCUUCUGAUCCAUCCAGGAAUGAAGCCUAUUGUCAUCAGUACCAUCGAGCAGGAAGCCCUCCUUCGUCCAGGUCAGACUAUCCGGACAAAGUACUACGCCAUCAUCACCCUCAACCAGACAAUCCUGAGCAACAAGGAGCCGCAGAUUGCGGAUACACUGGUCAGGAUAUACUUCGAUCUUUUCGUGGCCCUGCUCAAGAUGGGAGCUCUGGGCCAAUCUGGUUCUCCUGACACGAAGAAAGACCAAAAAGCGACCGGUCCCAACAAAGAACCGGUCUCCAAGAAGGGCCAGGCCAAGACGGCUCCUGUCAAAGUCGCCGAUGUGCCAGACACGGAGACUGCAGAAAAGCUGGUCUCUGCCAUACUGACGGGUGUCAAUCGUGCCGUGCCCUUCUGCACUGCGGAUGAGGAGACAUUAGAAAAGCAUCUCGAUACUCUGUUCCGCAUCACACACUCUGCCAACUUCAACACCAGCAUUCAAGCGCUCAAGCUGGUACAGCAGCUCUCAAUCACCAAGCAAAUCGCCACGGAUCGGUUCUAUAGGACCCUAUAUGAAUCCCUAUUGGACCCCCGGCUUAUUCACUCAUCCAAGCAGGCGGAUUACCUCAACCUUCUCUAUCGGUCACUGAACAACGACAUUGAUGUCCGCCGUGUCAAGGCCUUCGUCAAGCGAAUGCUGCAAAUCUGCUAUCUUCACCAACCUUCGUUUGUCUGCGGAAUAUUGUUCCUCGUAGCACAACUGGAGGACAAGUUCCCAGAUCUCAAGACACUCCUGAAUGAACCAGAAGCGGACGCCGAUGAGGAGGAAGUGUAUAGGGAUGCCCCUGAAGAGGGGCAGGACGGAGACGUCCCGACUGCCGAUACGACCCAGAGGAAGACGCCCGUGUACGAUGGACGCAAAAGAGACCCGCAGUACAGCAAUGCCGACAAGAGCUGCCUGUGGGAGGUUGUGCCCUACUUCACGCAUUUUCACCCAUCUGUAUCCGUCUUCGCGGCGAACCUCCUCGUGCGGCAGAAAACCCUGCCCAAGCCAGAACUUGCCAACCACACGCUCAUGCACUUCCUGGACAAGUUCGUCUACAAGAACCCUAAGGCCGCGGACAGCAAGCGUGGUGGCUCGAUCAUGCAGCCGGUGCUCGCAGCAGGCAGCUCGGCGCAUGUUGUCGUGCCCGGCAAGUCGAGCGCCAAGCAGCAGCCCACUGUGAACUCGGCUGCGUUCUGGAACAUGAAGCAGCAGGACGUUGCGGCGGAGGAUGUCUUCUUCCACACGUACUUCUCUCAGAUCGGCAAGGCUGGGCAGGCGGAGAAGGGCAAGAAGUCCAAGAAGGCCGCCGCAGGUGGGGAGGAUGAGGAGGAGGCUGACGAGGAGGAGAUCUGGGAUGCUCUCAUCAACUCGCGGCCCGAGGUUGGUGGGGAGGAUGAGGACGAUGUCGACCUGGACAUGGGCAGCGACGAUGAGGAUGACCUCGGCUCGUUGCUUGAGGACAUGUCGGACGACGAUGAUGAGGACGAGGAAAUGGAUUCGGGCGGUGAGGGUGUAGAGUUUGGCGAGGGCGAUAUGCCAGGGGAGGAAGACGGCUGGGUCAACGGUGCCGAUCUUGUCGAGGAGAGCGACGAAGAGCCUGCCGGAAAGAAGGGCAAGGAUAGCAAGGGCAGGAUGAGGAAGCGCGAGCUGAAGAAGCUGCCCAUGUUCGCCACGGCCGACGACUACGCGGCGCUCCUGGGGCAGGAGGAUGACGAGGAGUAG